CUGCCCAAGACCCUCCAGAAUGUAGCAGCAACAGUUCUCCCAAUGUGUUGGGCUUUGGGUGCUGCAUUUACACACAUUUUGGACUGGGGAAUUGUGGUCACAAAUGCCUUUGCUGUGUGCUGCCCUAGCGAGUUCAGAGGUACAUGGUGCUCACUGUGACUGUUGGAUUGCAGCAGUGCAGGCAUAUGGAGCAAGCUGGCAAGGGCCUUGCUCAUCAGAGGCAGUAAAUCAGCUUUGAAGCUGGUGCAGGAGUAGUCGGGUAUAAGAGGAGUGUUACUAUCUACAGCCUCUACCCAAACACAGGUAGGCCAAGGCCAAGGGUGUUUGUUACAGUCUAGUGCUUGGCUGUGGUGAGGGCAAAUACAACCAGUUAACUAUUCCUUCUCAUGCUGAGAAACAGGCUGGUAGCUGUGGGUCUCUCUUCAGGAGGAUAGGAGUAGACCAUGUGGUGUGGGCUGUGACUGACCAUCUGAGGGUGUUCUGCUUUCCUGUGGGAAGGGCAGGAAAGAGAUGGGUGGACCACGUAGGAGCUGUUGCCCUGAUUCUCUGUUCCUUGACUACAUGCAAGUUGAAGUCAGGGUCAGCACACUCAAAGUAUUGCUUCAUGGCAGCAGUUAAUAUGGCAAGAGCCAGAGCUUGCUUUGUCUGUGGCUUCCUCCCCCACAACUCAAAGCCCAGGUACCUUAUGUUUUGCUGCUGGAGUUCUCCAAAUACAGUAGCUCAUGAAAGGCUUAGGCUGUACUUCUUUUACUACAGUAACUGCAGUACGAUUUCUUUUGCAGCUCCAUUAGCAUCUCACACCACAUUUCCCUUCUGUGCUCUGCUGCUGUGGCAGCUGCUCUGCCCCUAAUGCAUGCGGGUGUCUAGGCACCUUUGGAGGAGCAUGUGAUGUCCAGUGGUCCCUGCACAGACUGGCAGGAGCCCUGCACCUGUCUGUCUGGAGCAGUGCUGCAAGGAAAAGGAACACAGCAAGCUCCCCUGACAGCUGACCAUUACCCAUGUUACACCAGACUGGAGUGCUGCUUCCUUGCUGAGCAGGACAGUGCUCUCCAUCAAGCCAAGGAGAGCUAGGGACGUGGUUCUAAUCCUGGCUUUGCUCCCUGCUCUGUGACUGUUGACCUGGUGGCAGCUGGGGCACUGAACACAGGUAAAACUCUUCAGCAUGUUUGGCCCAGAGCAUCACUGCUGGUGCUCAGAGCAGCCUGGGUGAAGUUAGCACAGGCCUAGGGAAACUUUCUGGUAGGAGGGACAGAGGAUGAGGAAAGGGUUGUGGUGGUGGCUGCCCAGAUGUCCCUCACUGUGCUGCAACUGCACUGAAGGAAUAAGGUUCAAUUGAGGAGAAACAGGCAUCUGAUGAAGGAUUUGUAUAUUUGCUGCCUGGAAUACCUGGCAAACAGGAUGGCUACAGACCGUGCUUUCAGUGAGACUUGCGUGGAGAGCUGGUCCUGGGUAAGGGGGAAGCCACCACCUAAAGUAACACAUUCCCCCUGAGUUGGCUCAGGCCUUAGCAAAUGAUCGGGUCUUUGUUUCUGGCUCUCCCCAUGCAGCCAUGGCCCUCCAGGGAGCAGGGAAUGACCUGGCCCCAGGUGUUUCAGAGCUGGAGCAGUUGGCACUGCUUCAAAGACAGGUCUGGACGAGCAAGGAAAAUACUGCACCAACAGUUUGCUUGGGAGGUCUCGCUUCUUGCAGAAUCGGGCUUUUGCUAUGAGACAGCUUUGGAUGGAGACAUUCACAGUGAUUCUUCGCUGGUAGCUGGGGUAAGCCAGAGACCCGGCCCACAGCCUCGGUACCGGAGACGCCUGGCCGCGGCAUCGCCUGGAACGCGCGACGGCGGCGGGCGGGCGGUCCCGAGGGGCAGCAGCGGGCGGGGCGGGCGGCGGGAGCCCCGUGGCGGGGCUCGCCCUGGCCAGCUAUUUUUGCCGCCGACCCGGACUAAUCCCCUGAGCCGCUUCUCGGCAUUAGGUAACGGCGCGGCGGCAUGCGCUCCGCGGUGUCCCCGGCCCGGGCAACCCCCGGCAGUCGCGGCGCGGCGGGACGGGCGGCGACACGCCCGGUGCGGGCUGGGGGCCGUGGGCACCCGCCGCCGAGCCCCGGGUGGGCCCGGACCGAGGCCAGCAGGUAGCGGCGGGUGGCGAGGAGGGCCGGGGGCGGACAUGCCGGGCCCGUCGCCCGGCGGCUCCCCGGAGAGGGAAACAGGGGCCGGCGGGCGGCCGCGGGGGCCCGGCCGGGACCGGCGGGUGCGGUUCCGGCUGCCUCACACCGCCAUCGCGGUGCCGUCGGUGCGCGAGGAGGAGCAGCUCUUCUACCGGCGGCUGGAGGCGCUGGCAGUGCCGGGGCCCGGCGGCUUCGGGCCGCUCUUCGCUUCCGACGGUUGGAGCGACUUGACGGAGGACCGGCUGCUGCGGAAACGCAUGGUGCGGGCCGGGCUGGGCGGGCCGCGGCCGCUGCCGGGCCAGGAGGUGUCCGUGAAGGUGCUGGGCGCCCUGGAGGACGGCGGGCUGGUGGAGCGGGACCCGCGGCUCAUCUUCGUGCCGGGUCACGGGGACGUCGUGCAGGUGAGCCCGAACCGGUGCGCGGUUCAUUGCCGUGCGAGCUCACCGCCGCCGUGGGCCCCGACCCGCCAGCCCCGCCGUGCCCGUCCACAGGCUCUGGAGCUGGGCGUCCCCACCAUGCAGCCCGGGGAGGUUUCCUUCUUCCUCGCCGCUUUCCCCUACGCCUAUGGCCACCCGGGCAGCAGGGAGCCCGACGUGCCGCCCGAGGCGCCGCUGCUGUUCGAGGUGACGCUGCUGGAGGUGCGGGACGGCCCCGACCCGCAGCCGCUGCUACCCGCCGUCCGUCUGUGCCUGGGCUCGCAGCGCAGGGAGCGGGGCAACUUCCACUUCGCGCGGGGUGACUUCGCCGCGGCGCUGCGAUCGUACCGGCUGUCCCUACGUGCCCUGGAUGGCCCCGCCGCCGCUCCGCCCGGGCCCGAGGAGGAAGAGGAGCUGCGGGAGCAGCGUGUGAAGUGCCUCAACAACUGCGCGGCUGCCGAGCUGAAGCUGGGGCGGACGGAAGAGGCGCUGGCGGCCUGCGAGGCGGCCCUGCGGAUCAGCCCCGACAACGGCCGGGCGUUGCUCCGGCGCGGGCAGGUGGGACUCGCAUCGCCCCGCACCGCCCCGCUCCCCUCGGCCCAGCCGUCCAGCUACCGUCCGCUCCUCUCCCCGCAGCUGCUGGCAGAGCAGGGCCGGGACGCAGAGGCGGCGCUCGUCCUGAGGAGAGCCCUGGAGCUGGACCCGGCCAGCAAGGUGAUCCACACAGAGCUCUCACGGCUGGCGAAGCGCCAGAGCCCUCCAGCCAGCACCGGCCCGCAGAAUCCCCGCCACGACCCGACACCGCCGCCGAGCCCCGCGUGCGUAGGCGAAUUGGGCUGUGCAGGGACGGAUGCCCGUCCCGCACCCUCUUGGCGCGGAUAGCGCUUAUAGCCGUCCCUCCCUGUAGAUCCCCCGGACCGCCCUCGGCGGAAGGAGCGAUCUGAGCGGACCCGCAGCGCCUCAGAGCCUGAUCGAGGAGAUAGA